AUGCAUCGCGUCGUGCAAAUUCUGGAACUGCGCACCCUCAUCUUUGCGGACUGUAACAACAGGUCCCUGGUCGCUCUGGCGCAAACAUGUAGUGAUUUCUUUGAGACCGCUGCACCCAUAAUAUGGCGUUCACUCUCGUCGCUGGGUCCGCUCUUUGCCUGCUUGCCACAAUCAGUAGCAGACCUCACAGACCCGAGUCAGACAGCGCUACAGCAACAAACUCCCCAGUUGUCCUCCUUCACCCUUGACUGCCACCUAGCUAAGUGCCCAGCCGACCUGUUCCUCGGCUGCGAUACUCUCAAAAGCCUUCACCUGUCCAGCGUGGACCGUGGAAUCAUGAAGGCGAUAGCGCGACUUCCACGACUCCAAGAACUUCACAUUGCCUUCCCUUUCUCCCUAUCCUUUGACACAUCUGCGUUCACGGCACGCGCAUUUGCGUCCCUAACAUCCCUGACCAUCAGCCAAGGACGGGACAGCACAAUCAUCGCCUUUCUCUCAUUGCUCUCGGUCGUCAGUCUCGUUUCGGUGACCAUACGAAGCAGUUUCGAAUGCUCGCCGCGCUAUCUCUGCGAGAACCUCAAAAAACACGGCGCGAAGAUGCGCCAGCUAAAGAUCGAGGCCGCAGGAACGGAUAUAUCCCCUGGCAGGACGUCGAGCCACUAUUUUCCUGCCACAACCUCGUCGCCGUCUGCCUCAUUCCAUCGCGCCAUGUCAAGCUGGACGGUGUUGGCUAAGAGGACCCCGCGCCUCCGCCGCCUGUCAAUUGAUUUCGAUGCGACCCGGGUCGUCGCCUUGCCCGACCUCGACGAGACCCUACGCAACCCGCGCAGCGCCCUCGCCUACCUCAACGUCGGCUACUCGCCCAUUGGCGACGCCGACGCAGUCGCGUCCAUUCUUUCCACUUGGUUCCCAAAACUCCAGGCCGUCAACUAUCUCCGGCACUACCCAGAGAAGCAGUAUGGUUUCGAUGGCUGGGCUCAGGUCAUGAACAAGGUCUCUGGUGGGAGGGAGCCGCCUGCUUCGGUCGUUCGCUCGGUUCUCUACUCAUAG